UGGUAAUGUUUUUUUAAUUUUUUAUCCGGGACGAUGGAAGUAAGUGCAAUGCCGCCGAUGCCCUUGGACUUUUCUAUGGUGAGGAGUGGCUCACCUGGCGGCAGCCUUAGGGAGUCGCCGAGAAGUGGCUCCAAUAGCGCCUUUAGAGUUGUCACCCCAAAGGGAAUUCUAGCGAGUGAGGCUCUUCGGAACAGCCUAGGCCAAAACACCUGGUCACCAGUUCCUCGACCGGAGCCGAGGGCAUCUCCUCCGUCACACCACGACGUCUAUCCUAUCAGAGAGGAAAUCAAAUUCGGCAUCAACCGUUUGGUAAGCGAGAAAACCGACGAGGAAGAAGAUGAACAACACAAUGAAAUCCCAAGACCCGAAGGCAUUUCCCCUAAUUCACGCUGCGGCAGCUCAUGCUGGCCACCGUCUCCGCAAUCCCCCAGAUCAGUCCGGUCAAGUUCUCCUGAACUCGAAGUGGAUUCCCCUCCUUCUUCUCCAAGAAGACCUCCAGAUUCCUCGCCGCCCCCGAGAAGAUCCGAGUCGUUUUCUGUCAGUGCUCUCUUAAGACCUGAUGCACCUCGAGUCCAGCCGCAGCGGCCUUUCUUAUAUCCUCACCUGCCUUUCGCGGAGUUCCUUCGAGACGCUGGGAGUCUCGGGAUACCUUGGGGAGGUUACAGUAACCUAUACCUCCACGCAGUGCAGGCCGCUGGUCCGGAGUUCCUUCGGCUCCGAGCAGCUGUACUGGGAGCUCCUGGGCCUCUCUCGAGACCCCUGCCCAUCGGUGACGUGUACUCGUGUGUGAAGUGUGAGAAGAUGUUCAGCACCCCGCACGGGCUCGAAGUGCAUGCAAGACGGUCGCAUAACGGCAAGAGGCCGUUUGCUUGCGAAAUGUGUAGUAAAACGUUCGGGCACGAGAUUAGUCUUAGUCAACACAGGGCUGUCCACAGUGUGGAGAAGGUGUUCGAAUGCAAGCAAUGUGGCAAGACCUUCAAGCGGUCCAGCACGCUGUCCACCCACCUGCUCAUCCACUCCGACACCAGGCCUUAUCCCUGUCAGUACUGCGGGAAGCGGUUCCACCAGAAAUCCGACAUGAAGAAACACACUUACAUACAUACUGGCGAGAAACCCCACAAAUGCCAAGUGUGCGGCAAAGCGUUCAGCCAGAGCUCCAACCUCAUCACCCACUCCCGCAAGCACACCGGCUUCAAGCCCUUCGCGUGCGAACUUUGCGGGCGGGCGUUCCAGAGGAAAGUCGACUUGCGGAGACACAGGGAGACGCAGCACGCGGACCUUAGACACGUGCCGCACACUGACGUGCAUGGUAUGCAUGCGGAGAUGAUGCCAGAGCAUAGAAUAGGUAAGCGAUGA